AUGGAGACCAGAGCUCUUCCAUUCAAUGAUACAGUUCGCCUUGCUCUAUCUAAAAAACUCAAGCCAACGUUUGCUUUGCUGAAUAAAAUCAUUGGUGUUCUAGGAAGCAGUUCUCCUUCAAAACAAAUAGGAGAAGAGGAGGUUAAUAAGAAAGAAGAUAUUGAUCACAAGGGUAAUGAAUCUUGUGGAUCAAGGAAAAAAGGCAAAGCCAUUUCUGAAGAAGAAUAUGAAGAAAAUAUGACUGGAGUGGAAAAGGCUGAAAGAAAGUUAUGGGAUAAAGAGCUUGAUGAGCUCAAUGCUCUCUGA